GCGUAUCGAUGAUUUCGCCAGUUGUAGAUUGACACUUUAGGUGUGUGGUCCUUGUGCAAUAAAUUCUUAAAAUCGUCAUUUUGUUAAAAUGCAUUUUCUAUUUUAUCUUUUCAUACACGUGAGCAGCAGUUUAGCUCAAGUUUCAAUUAAGUAUUCAGCGGUGCUAUAUAGCUCCGGCUUUAACCCUUCGAUUAAACCGUAUCCUACAGAUCCAUUACGUUAUGAAGAAGCAUGGCCGUAUAAAUACAGCGAACUCUUUGAAAUUGGCAAAAGACAACAUCACGCUUUAGGACAAUGGUUUGGGGAACGAUACCUUAAGGAGUCUUUAAAUGGAUGUACCCCUGUAACGAUUUUCGCACGCUCUAUCGACGAGGAUGCUUUUAUAAAGUCGGCCCAAGCUAGCUUAGCUGGUAUGUGUCUCCCAAACGUGAGCAACAAUUUUACGAACGCAUAUUUCUCCCAGCAACCCAUAUUUAUAACAACCAUACCAGUAAAGGAAGAUGAAAUUUUGGCUAUGAAAAGAGUAUGUCCAAAAUAUGGUAAACUCAGGCAGGAAUAUUUAAAUACAGAGCCAUAUAAAGAUGGACUCAAUUCCUAUAAAGAACUUCUGAAUUACUUGUCAGAACAUACAAAUUGGACUGUUGAAAAUUAUUACGAUAUCAAUGAAAUUUAUAACAUUUUGUUGAUUGAGGAUUUAUACAAUUUGGCUUUGCCAAACUGGACCCAAGCAGUAUUUCCACAAAAGCUUAAAGAACCGGCAUGUCAUAGUUAUGCUUUGCCAUCGGCUACCCCAUCUAUGGCCCGUUUAUUGGUGGGCCCAUUGAUUAAAGAAAUUGUGAAUAACAUGUCACGUGCAAUUACGAUCAUGCCCAGUGACGUUAUUCUGUCAGUAUACAGUGGCAGUGAUAAUACAAUCGGAAAUGUUCUCACUGCUUUGGAUUUGUUCGAUGGAAAAUGUCCACCAUUUAUUGCAACAAUUUUAAUGGAACUUUUAUAUGAUAACUAUGCAAAUAACUUUUAUGUAAGAAUUUUGUAUCAGAACACCAGUGAUAUGACUGAACCCUAUGCUAUGGCCAUACCCAAUUGUGGUACCCUAUGUGACUUUACAACUUUUACUGAAAUAUAUGGUCAUCUUAUAUCUGUUGAUUGGGAAGCCGACUGCAAAGAGGAUGAAGACUUUUUGACUGAUUUACAAAUCUUUUUAUUAUUACUGUGCCUCUUCUUAUUGGCUCUGGGCUUUCAUUGCGCUUAUGGUCUAAUUUACUACUCUCGUCGUAAUUUUGUAAGUGACGAAGAUUUCACAGGAGUUGUAAUGAUGGUGGAAAUGUUUGUUCAUCCACCUAUUAUGCCAGGAUCACCGCCCGAAUGAAGUGUCUUGGGUUUUAAUUUAUUUUGUAAUCAACUUUUAUUAUAGUAGUGGCUAAGAUUACAUUGUUUUAUUAAAGUGCUCAAUAGAUUGCUUUUUUAAUAGAUUGCUUUGUCACAUUUAAACUGUAUGUAGUGUUUAGUUUUGCAUAAUUUUAUUAAACUAUAACUAAAACUUG